AUGGAGAGAAGCUCAUGCAUCCUACCCUCUAAUGCGCCGGCUCUUCACGACAGUAUCAUCGACGACAUAGGAGUUGCGAGACCGAUCCUGCAGGAGCGUUGCAACAACCGCCAGCAGGAUUUUCUGGACACCGAUCACCGCAAGCAUGGUCUCUAUCAGCCCGCCGAGAAUUUCUCCUACAACAGCGCGGCGCAGGGCUAUUCAGCAUCCUCGCAGAGCUCGCACGCCAGCUAUGCGGCGUCGGCCUGGCUUGCUGACGAGGACGAGCGGGUCAGACAGGAGGCGGCCCGCUUGUGGCGAAUGCUGUCACGGUCGGACGCAUAUCGGAAGUAUCGAGCGCGGCAGCCGAAGGACUGCAGAGAACAGGACCAGAAAUGGCCCGAACACAUGGAGUUGGCCUUCUUCUCAGCGCUGGUCAAGUACCCGCCAAUGGGCCGCCGCAAGCAGAUGCAUGAGGGGAAACCCCGCGGACGGAACGAACUCAUAGCGUAUGCCAUCGAGAAGUGGACCGGUGAGGCUCGGACGAGGAAGCAAGUCUCGAGCCACAUCCAAGUAUUAAAACCGCUCUUCAAGGAGUAUCCUAAGAUCAUGAGGUACAUGUCCAAGGAAGAUCUCGACCACCGCCGUCAUCACCGGCACAACUCUCACGACAUGCUUCGGCGGCGGUUUACAGCUUCGGCUACCCUGCAGCCGCUGGACUUCAACUCCAUCGACCAAGGCGCAAUAUACGCGCCUCAGCAGCAUGCCGCGCUGCCGCCACCACGCCAGAUGCUUUCGUCAAGCCCUGCCUUGGUCCCUGCGUGCUUCGAGAUGAACGCUCGGGACACGACUUCUGAUCCUCCCCGCUCCUUGCACUGCUUCACGCGCUUCCACAAACGAGCCGAGCAGCCACCGCUAUAUGUUUCUGACCUACAGGACCAAUCGUCUGGCGUACCCAAACACCUUCGGGACAUGCUGGAUGAUAAGGACUCGCUGAUAAACUGCGACGUCAUCCUUGCCGAGUCGAGCAUCGAGCUGAUGGCAAUGCAUGCUCCCGGUGACAGCACCGAGCUCGGCAUUCAAAUCGAGUUCAACAGCACCUACGAGUACGCACUGUACGACCACUUCGAAUCUCACACACGCUUCUACACUGGCGACGAUCUCUCAACCGAGCCCAAGAGCGUGCUGGGCUACGACCAGCAUUACAAACGGCUGCACGCCGUGGCGGGCACGUUUGGCAGUGGCUUCUGGGCAGGCAAGCUGGGCGAGCUUUCACUAAUCAUGCGAAAGGCGUACAAGAAGAAGGGUGAUCUGGUUCCAGCACGCGGCGCCGUACAGGCCGAUGACGAAAGACUGCAGCAAGCCCGCGAGCGUGCCAACCAGACGCUCGAGGCUCUCAGUGCCGUUCAAGAGAUCUUCGCCGUGCCUCGUGGCAGCAUCGCCGCCGCUAGCGGAUACGGGGCCGAGUCCCCAGCCCCGGAGCGCGUCCUCAUCGUCGGAUGGACGUUCCGACACGCAGACGCCGGCGUGGCUGGAGCGACGACAUGGCGACGCGUCGUCCUGCCCCACCAGCAGUCCGGCAAAGACGAAUCCGCUCUCAAGCAGGAGUCUCAACAGUCCUUCAUGGACGGUGGCCCCGGUGGCCCUCUCAAGCAAGACACCGGCAACCCCUACGGCGGGCUCACGCUCGAAACCAUGCCGGGCAGCGGCCUCAUCACGCCCACCAACUCCACCCACCCCUCCUUCGACGCCUCGGCCCACAACGGCGGCUUCGACCUCGACCCGCUCUCGGCCAUCGGGGGCCCCUUUUCCGCCGCCGCCGCCGCCACCGUCGCCAUGGCGCCCCUCUCGGCCGCCUCGUCGUCCGCGCCGUCCCUAUACCAACACCAACACCACAACCCGCACGCCGCCCACCACCACCACUCCCACCACCACCACCAACAACACCACCACCACCAUCAACCCCUCUCCGCGACCCCCACCUCCGACCUCUCCCUCGCCAUCCCCCCCCACCACGGCUCCGUCGACGACCACCCCAACGCCCUCGACUUCACCGCCGGCCAAAUCAACGUCUGGAUGGAACCUUCCGUCUCCAUGCAAGGCUACUACGACAUCGCCGCCGCCGCCGCCGCCUCCACCGCCUCCCCCCUCGACCAGCAGCACCACCUGCACUCCUCCUCCCACCACCACCACCCGCACCACCAACACCCGCACCAUCACCACCACAUGGGCAUCGGCACGCCCACCGGCGGCACGCACCACGCUCCACCACCGCCGCCGCUGCCGCCGCAGCAAUCGCAACAGCAGCACCAGCAGCAUCAGGGAGGCGGGUCGCAUACGCCGGUGGGCGUGGGCGUCGGCGUCGGCGUCGGCGUGGGGUACGGGCCCGGCGAUGCGUAUAAUCCGCGUUGGGGGGGCUAUGGGGCGUUGUUGGAGGAGGCGGGGUGGGGGACUGGGACGGGGACGACGGGGACGGGGACGACGACGACGGGUGGUGGUGGCGGUGGGAGUGGUGGUAAUAAUAAUGGCGGGGGUGGAAGCGGUAAUUCUGGUGGUGGUGGUGGCGGCGGCGGGGGUAAUGGCGGUGGAGGGUACGGCGAUGGUGUGGGGAAAGAUGGGGUUGGCGUUGAUGGAGGGGGGGCGCAGCAGGGGAAGCAUGGGGGGCAUUAUUUGGAUGAGCAGGGUGGUGGUGGCGGCGGCGGCGGGGGUGGAGGUGGUGGUGGGGGGUAUCAUCAUCAUCAGGGGGGGCGGAGGGAUAGCGGGAUGUUGGGGUUGUAA